UUGCGUUUUCAGGUGACGUGUUCAGGCUCGUUACUGCUCACUCUUCCGGACACAAUUCCGUCCGGUUUCGAGGUGCUCGUCAUCCGUAACGCCUCGAUUCGUUCCAUUCCAAAGCAUGCAUUUCGUCGAAUGGAUCGAUUACGGGAAAUCCAUCUGGAAAACUGUGACCAUUUGACAUUUCUCGAGAAAUUCGCUUUCAAGGGCAUGAAGAAGUUGAGGCUGAUCAACUUUAGCAACUGCCCAAGGCUGAAUGAAAUCCCAAAGGCGUCCUUCUCCGGGAUUGGCAAUGACUUUGGCGUGAAAAUUCAAUUUCAUCGAACGCCUGUGCAACGUGUUCAUAGUGGUGCAUUCCGGCAUGCUCAAAAUAUCAGGGAACUAUCGAUCUCAGGUUCAGACUUGGCACUUUCAAGACACGCGUUUGCGUCCAUCAAUCAGGUAAGUCGAAACAUCUCGGCGCCCUGUUAUCUAGUUGUUGAAACUUUUUUUUGUAUGGUUUAUUACACAAGCAGAAACACAUAUGUUUCGGAAAAAUAA